AUGGUACCUUCUCAAUUCUCCCGUGUUCCGAAAAUUUCACUUCUGUGCAAUCCUGGUCAGGCGGUAGCGGUUUUGCGAUUCAACUCGAAGUGAAAGAAAGCCGCCGAAUUAGGAUCUUUUGCGCUCCACGACUAAAAUUUCGAUAAUUCUAAGAUUUUAUCGUUUAAUUUUCAUCACUGAAGUCAAUUUAAUCAGCCGCCGAGCGCAAAUUUUCAGUAGGUGCACGUGCUUCUAAAUUCAAGGUCAUCCUUGAAAAUUAUGCACAGAACGUAAAUAUUCCAAUUUUCGCGGCUAUCCUUUCCAACACUUUUUUUUCAGGGGCCACAAUAUUUCUGCCUACGGAACCCCAUCAACAAACAGUACGGGAUCUUUCGGACGGUGGAGAUCAAAAUUGUGAAAAAAGUGAGGAUUUUUUCUGAGAGAAAUACCAAAAAAAAUUUUUCGUGUAAAAAUAACGGCAAAAUUUUUUUGAUUUGCCUCAAUUUAAACUUUUGAGCUAAAAGAUCUAAUUUUUGUCCAAGUGGAGAUUAUCGUUGUUGAAAUUUGCAGCUGGGCAGUGGGGCUUAUGGCGAGGUGGCGUUGGCGGACGUCACCCAUCCCGCGUUCGAGCAAAGCAAGGCGGCCGUCAAGACGGUAGGUCUUUAGAAAUAAAUUUUUUGUAAAUUGAUAUCGAAUGAGAAAAAAGAAGCUAAACCAGGAGAGUUGAAGUUUUAAAAAAGGGUCAAUUUGUGAACUCAAAAAUGGCUUUUUGCCUUUUUGUAGAGCAUUUUCUUGUGCGUUGAAUUAUUGAACUUCUGACUUUUGAAGGAAAAUUAAUUCAAAAUCAAUUUGAACGUGAUGCACUUUUAGCGAUCAUUAUAGCGGCGUUAGUGCCCUUAAGUGAUUACUAUAGGUCAUUCCGCGCCAGCUUGUCACGAUUUUCCCCUCGGAGCUAGAGAAUCCAUUUCGGCGCUUCGCUUCGAUGCUCUCGGUGUUCCCUCCCUUGCGUGUGCCUUUAAUAAAAACAUUAUUUCUGAUCAAGAUAUUGCUUCAAUUUUCUCUAUCUUUUUUUAUUAAUUUACGAGGUUUUUUUAAUGGAUUGGUUUCCUUUUUUUCGCUCUAACUAUACAUACUCAGAUUCUGUGCUGGGUUUGUAAAAAAAUAAAAGAAAAUCAAAAAGAUUGAAUUAUUACUUUUUAAUUGUUAUUAGUGAAACCGACUGUUCUAGCUUUUCUUGCAUAUAAUUUUUGGGUUAGUUUGAUAUAAAAUUUGAUGUUACAACUGUUUUUGUAGAAUAAGAAAAUUCCAAAGUUCGGAAAUAAUGAGUUUUAUUAAAGGCGCACGCAGGGGGGCACACCGAGAGCAUCGAAGCGAAGCGCCGAAAUGGGUUCUCUAGCUCCGAGGAAAUUUAAAAUCGUGACAAGCUGGCGCGGAAUGACCUAUAGAAAGGCUCAGAUGCGUUUUUCGUUCUGUUAGAUGUCAAAAAUGCAGUUUGCAAUAAAAACUGCUUUGAGGACAAAAAGCGACGCAAUUUUUGGAUUUUAUUUUAGGUGAGAAAGGAUGUCCCCAAGCGGCUCGGAUUAGAAGAUAAGUUUUUGGUGGAGGGAAGAAUUUCGAUUCCAUUGGACCACAAAAAUAUUGUGCGUACACUGGGCUGGUGCUACGACUCGAAGCCUCUCCAGCUUCUUCUAGAAUAUUGUGCCGGUGAGGUUUCCAAACAACAUUUCUUUCAACCUCUAUGAAAAGACUCUCUGAGAAGUUUCAGUUAACUGUGAAAAAAUCUUUGAAGAGAAAGAUUUCGUUCAACUUUCAAAUAUCUCAAUUUUAAUUUUUUCAAUGUAAGAGUCUAGAUUUUUGAUAUUUCAACUAAAUUGACUUCCUAAAAACUCAAUAUUGAUGCGCUCAAUGCCGUUUCAAGCAGUUUCAACAGUCGAAAAGUAAUCAGUUUUCCUUUGAAAGUUAUGACGCGAAACUCAGAGACAAAAUUAGGUCCCACAACGAGACUUUUACGCCCUAAAUUCCUAUUUUUGGAUUCACGCACAUUUCAACCAAGAUUUCGACUCAAUCUUGAAAGUCGCUUGUCGGUCCCGGUUUUUGUUACUCGAAAUUUCAGUUGUGCGUAUUCUGGCAAAUCAUUGCAUAAUUUUUUGACACUUGUCGGCCUAACACUCGAAAUUCUGGAUUUCUUAGUCACCAUGUCUUUGUCGAAAGCGUCGACCCUAGCCCUGACGAAGCUCUGCUUGGAUGCCGCUAUGGGGAUUGGAAUACCACCUUGAGGUCGGAGCCAUGCAUCGCGAUGUUGCCGCGCGCAACUAUUCGUUGGACGAACGCGCAAAGGUUUUUCCAUGGAACGUGCAAGAAUUUGACCAAUGUUUUUAGGUCAAAAUAGCCGACUUUGGAUUCUCGGUCAAGGCCUAUUAUUUGGAGAUGACAACGCCAGAAGGUUGAAAAAGGUUAGAAAAUCGAAUGUUUUGAAAAAUGAUUGCUUUUACAGAGUAGUCCGCGGGAGUGCGAAGGAGGCUGGAAAUGGGGAAAACAUGCAGCCGAACAAUGCAACUGA